AUCAAGCUCAAGGGUUUGUCUGCUUUCUAGCCUGGCUACCAAGGCUCAUUGCUACGAAGAUGGACAGUAGGUUGUGAAUUCUUUCGUUAGGGCAACCUACGAAGCAAGGGAAAAAUAAAAAGAGCCCAAAAGCCGGAGAAAGGACCUAGGGUAGGUCUCAAAAGACAAAAUCUCUUUUCGGAUUACCAGAAGUAGCAUGGAACCAAGAGCCCUGCGGACAGAGUUCUCGGGAGGGCGCUUGUGCCAGACGGAACAUUUCGCUUUCCCUCGCGCCCCCUCUCCCCCGCCUUCGCGGGGUUGCCGUGGAAACGGAGGAGGGAGCGCGGAUGCAGCGAGUGGCCGGAGCGGGGCCUCUGUUUCUUCUCCACCAAGUGGGCACGAUUCAGCCGCCAAGAUGAUGCUUUCAAGAGCCAAGCCUGCUGUAGGUGGUGACCUACAGCAAAUUGACAAACGGAAGAAAAAAGGAAGAAAGAUUCCAAAACUAGAAGAGCUGCUAUCACAAAGAGAUUUUACUGGAGCCAUUACCCUGCUGGAGUUCAAACGUCACGUAGGAGAACAAGAUGAGGAUGCAGAUCUGUGGAUUGGAUAUUGUGCUUUUCAUCUGGGUGACUACAAGAGAGCUUUGGAGGAAUAUGAAUCUGUGACAAAGGAGGAGGGUUGUAAUCCUGAAGUUUGGGUGAACCUGGCCUGUACCUACUUCUUUCUUGGAAUGUAUAAACAAGCAGAAACAGCAGGCUUUAAAGCUCCUAAAAGUCGACUCCAAAAUCGUCUACUCUUCCACUUGGCUCACAAGUUCAAUGAUGAAAAGAAAUUGAUGAAUUUUCACCAGAAUCUUCAAGAUAUUACAGAAGAUCAGCUCAGUUUGGCCUCGAUUCACUAUAUGCGGUCUCACUAUCAAGAAGCUAUUGAUAUCUAUAAGCGAAUACUGCUGGAUAAUCGGGAAUAUCUUGCUCUCAAUGUUUAUGUGGCUCUUUGUUACUAUAAAUUGGAUUAUUAUGAUGUGUCUCAAGAAGUACUGGCUGUUUACCUUCAACAAAUUCCUGAUAGCACCAUCGCUCUCAACCUCAAGGCCUGUAACCAUUUCCGUCUUUACAACGGCAAAGCAGCUGAGGCAGAACUCAAGAGCCUAAUGGACAAUGCUUCUUCGUCCUUUGAAUUUGCUAAGGAACUUAUCAAGCACAAUCUGGUUGUUUUCCGAGGGGGUGAAGGUGCUUUGCAAGUUUUGCCUCCCCUGGUUGAUGUGAUUCCUGAAGCUAGACUAAAUUUAGUGAUUUACUAUCUUCGUCAGGAUGAUGUGCAAGAGGCUUAUAACUUAAUUAAGGAUCUAGAACCUACAACUCCUCAGGAGUACAUUCUCAAGGGGGUAGUUAAUGCAGCUCUUGGACAAGAAAUGGGUUUGAGAGAUCAUCUGAAAAUUGCCCAGCAGUUCUUCCAGUUGGUGGGUGGAUCAGCUAGUGAAUGUGAUACAAUACCAGGGAGGCAAUGCAUGGCUUCCUGCUUCUUCCUUCUUCGACAAUUUGAUGAUGUCUUGAUUUACCUCAAUUCUGUCAAGAGUUAUUUCUACAAUGAUGACACUUUUAACUUUAAUUAUGCACAAGCCAAAGCUGCCACAGGAAACACCAGUGAAGGUGAAGAGGUGUUCCUUUUGAUCCAGAGUGAGAAGAUGAAAAAUGACUACAUUUACCUCAGUUGGUUAGCACGAUGCUACAUUAUGAAUAAGAAACCAAGACUAGCCUGGGAGCUCUAUCUGAAGAUGGAAACAUCUGGAGAGUCCUUUAGUCUUUUACAACUCAUUGCUAAUGAUUGCUAUAAGGCCAUCCUUCAAAGAGUUGGCAGAAUAAUCUUCCAAAGACAUAGAUGGGUCAGUUUUAUUAUUCAGCCAAAGCCUUUGAUGUCCUGGAAAGACUGGAUCCCAAUCCUGAAUACUGGGAAGGCAAGAGAGGUGCCUGUGUGGGCAUUUUCCAAAUGAUAUUAGCUGGCAGAGAACCCAAAGAGACCCUUCGAGAGGUGUUGCAUCUACUGAGGAGCACUGGAAAUACCCAGGUAGAAUACAUAAUUCGCAUCAUGAAGAAGUGGGCCAAAGAAAACAGAGUUCCUGUCUGAGAUGGCGCCAUCAAUAUGGUCAUCAUUGUCAAGUUCAAGGGAACCAGAUACCUCCUUGGAAGAAAAAAAGAAGUUUAGUUUUGCUGUGGAGAGCAGGAUGUAUGAUACUCCCUUUAUGGAUCUUUUCUUCCUGUAUUCAUCUAUCCUGAAGAUCAAUGAACCACAUACUUAGAUGGAGCUUUCUGACUGAGCAGAGUGCCAUAAUGUAUAUUAUGGCCCCUGUGUAAUCAUUUUAGCAAUAAUUCCUUAGACUUUAUUGGUGCCUUUCAAAGAACUCAAAUCAUUCUGUGUAACAUAAACUUGUUUUAAAGAGAAAGUAUGGGCUACUUUCUAUCUCUACCACAGUAGAGUUCCAUGGUACUGAUUCCUUACUGCAAUAACUUCUGGCUUCUAGGUCACUGAUUCUCAAGAGUGACCAUCACUCUAUCAUCUGAUCUUAUGGCCACUCGCAUUUUAUUGUCUGCCUGAUUGCACAUGGAAAUUCUGCAGAAAGCUUUAUAAAUAAAACAUUCUUGGCAUCUGGAAGAGCGGUGCCUACAAGUGACUACAUUAAGUUUUGAAUGACAAUGGGCUCUUUCAUGGAGUCCAAACAUAACUUAGUUCUAUAUAAAUCACUCUUCUAAGAGACUGAAUUUCUAGUGGCCAUGUGUAACAGUGAAGAAAGAUCAAUAAUGCUUUUUUUAAGGAAGUGUGCACUUCUAGGUAACUCUGAGUGCAGCACCUCUAAAAAUAUUCAGGAAACAAAAUGUACACAUUUCAUUACUACCCCAUAUAAUUUAAGUAACAAAGAUGCCUUCAUAUCAUAUCUUUAUGCUAUUUCAUAGCCAUCCCAUCUGAAAAGUAGUGCUUCAAAGAUGUUUAUAUAUAUAUAUAUAAUAUUCUUAUUGUUGUAGCAAUUUGAGAUGAGUCAUGGAUUGCUGAUUGUAUAGACUCUCUAGCGAGAAUAUCCUAAUGGAUGAACUCUGAAAGUGUGGUCAGGGUUAGAGGCUUUCUUAUGUCCCAUAUUCCUGAGCCAACACAGAGUUGCAAAAGGAUGAGACAAAACCUUAGGCUCAUACCCUAGAGCCAAAAUUCAAAGAAAAUGAGGAUGGAGCCAAGGAGGCAAGACUUGAAAGGAAUUCUUAGUUUUUCAUGACUGCCAGAACAAAGGAAGGCAUCUAUCAAGCCUCCUCCAUUAAUGGGGAGGAAGGAGGAAGGACUCACUCUAUUCCCAACUUCCCACCAAACCCCCAUCUUCCUCCUGGGCUUCAAUGGAGGUGGGAACAUGCUAGCAGUUGUCACUACCUGGCUGCCAGGUUGAUAACAAAAGCAUUCACUUCAGGCAUCUGCCUCCUGGAGGUGUAGCCACAGCUCUGAAUAGGGUUUGAAUAUAGGAAUUCAGAUUCUUUUAAUUUUAAUAUCAUUGUGGCUUUUGCUGUAUUGUCAAUUCUGAUUGCUUACAAAAAUGAAUGGGCUUUUCCUUUUUAACUUAAUUUUAAAGACUCAGGUCAUGUGUCAUAUAUUGAAGCACCUUUUCUCUUCCACCAUAUUGUGUUUAAUGUUUUAAAAUGACUAGAUUUCACCAUUGAAGGCACUAUCUAGUGUAUAGCUGGACAGAACUCAAAUGCAAAUUUUAGUUACUUUUCUAAUCCUUACCUCACUUGAAUGCUAGGAAACACCAGGACCAUGUGAAAGAGAUUGAAGUGUGGUCCUUUUUCAUAGCUGUUAGAAAUAAGUUUUGUCUUCCAGUCUAUUGCUUCAAGUUUCCCAGGAGUAGUUCACCCAGAUGUAGUGGCUCUUCUAUUGAUGGCAAGCCCACAUUGGAUUUAGAUCUAAGGGAUUAGUUCAGAUUGUCUUUUUUUAAUACUUAUUGUAUUUUUUUCAGGGAUGCAUAUGCCCCCCUCAAAAAAAAAUGAAAAGUUCCAAAAUUGUAAAAAACUUAAAAAGAAAGAAAUAUUGAGGCUCAAAAAUGUUCAGACUAAUUCAAAGUAAUAUUUGCAUAAAUGGAACCAUUCCAUUUUGCUAUUGCUAAGAAUACUAACCUGUAAAAUGAUUUUAGAAAUUCUAGAAAAAGGACUGUGGCAAAUUGGGCGACCAUUGUUCUUACCUGUGAUCACACGAGGGAUAGAGGAAAGUAAAGUUGCCCAGGCUCAGGAAUAUAGAAUAAUAUUCAUCGUAUAUAGCAUCAGAACAUUAUAUAUCAAUGUACAGAUAUAGUAUACUCAAAAACAGAAAAUGAAAAUAAAAUUUUAAGUUAUUUUUGUACUUUAAGGAGAUUAUUGCAUCCCACUGUAAUAUGUCUUAAUUAAAGUUCAUUAUUUUAUUUA